AUGACUGACCUCUUCCUCAGUGCAGCCGCCAGUGGCCCUGUAACCACUGCCAAGCAAGACGUAUCGCGCAUCUUUGUAGAUAUGUUCCGAAGAGGACAGCCAAGUCUAGCCCUCGGAAUGCUAUUCCCAAGUAUGCGUUCUCGGACCUGGAUGGACUGGCUGUUGCUGAUUAGAGCUAGUGCACGAACACCACCAGAGGAAGAGGUGGUACAGACCAAGCCAGAAUUGACCCAGACGACGACUGUUGGAGCGCCCGGGAUUGCUGGUAAAGAUGAAUUGCGCUCGCUGGGGUACUUGCCCGUCGAUCAAAGCCCACUUUUUGGGGAUACCACACCUCAGAGCACAAAUCCUCCAAAAGAGUCUCCAGGUAUAGUAUCGGACGAGAUGAAGAGCGCUUUAAGCAUCAUGCCCCCCAAACCCUAUACCGACAUCCUGGUACAAAAAUUCCUGGAAGAAGCAAAUUAUAAUUACUACUGCCUCUACCCGCCCUCCUUCUCUCAAGACUAUACAGCAUGGUGGGCAGACCGAGCCAGCAGUAAACCCCUAACCCCAGCAUUCACAUGUCUUCUUCUACGUGUGUGUGCAUGUUCAGCACAGUAUCUCGACGCGGAAAUCCGACAAAAGCUGGAGUCCGAGCUAGGCGAGCCAAUCCAGACUAUUUCGGAGAACUACCACCACACCGCCAAGCAUCUCAGCAAUACAAUUGCCCCUGGAAAAGGUGGGCUGGCACAGGUUCAACAGCUGUUCUUGACGGCGGCGUGGUUCAAGGCCGAAUCUCUCUUUAUCGAAUCUUGGCAUACACUGUCUGCUUGUAUCCACGAGGCUCAGGAGCUAGGCAUGCACAAAACCUCUAGCCGAACUGGGCUAACGGAGUUUGACCUCGAGAUGAGACGGCGUGUUUGGUGUCUUCUAUAUGCUUGGGACUGGCAAAUGGCUCUGCUACUUUCUCGACCUCUCAUCAUCAACCCAAGCUGCUACACAUUUGAACUACCCAAUAUGAAACUCGAGGGCCUUGACACCGAGACAGGACCCCCAUCACCCGUGGCUCACAUUGCCUUUCAAUGCAAGUUGGGACAAAUGAUUAUGCAAGAAGCUCCAGGAAGCAUGAGUGGCACGCUAGACGCCGCUCAUGCAAAAACCAUCCGCAAUGUUAUAGAAGAGUGGCUUGUAUCUCUUCCCCCGGCGUACAGGAUCAGAGAUCCGUACACGCAGUGGGACGAGGAGUAUCGCUUUGUGCCCCUUCACCGUCUACAGCUGCACGCCGUGGGAUACAUGACCAUGUUCCUCCCCUUCAAAGAGUGCCUCACCAAGACCUUUCGCGCCAACCUCUCAGAUGCAGAAAACAAUCAUCGCGAGAUAGCAGUAGAUACUGCCCUUCGAUUAAUGGCGAUCUGCCACCAGCUUUUCAACCACGUCUUCCCAGUCAAUGCCAAGUUCCAUCUAAUAACAUUCUUGACCUUCGACACGGCAGCCUUCCUCUGCUCCGCCGUGAUCCACGACAAGAACAAAGGUCUCCCUCGCCGAGAAGAAAUACUCCAGGCUAUCAAGCUCGCCUGUUCGAUGAUGGGGAAACUCGCUCGCGCGACCAAGACACGAGCGAUCUGCUAUCCCAUCCUUACAAGACUUGCGAAAAGCUGUUCGGCCGUGCCUGCCGAGAAGACUUCUCUGCCGAAUGUACAGGACGGGGAGUUGAGGACUGGCACUGUUGAAGCUGGGGAUCUAGGUGACCUUUCUUUUGACGAUAUCAUCUCCCCGGAAUCACUGUCGGGCCUGGACUCGAUUUCCGCGCCGGGAAUCUUUACUCCGGCGGAUCUGCCUGUGCCUGGCCUGGACACUCCACCGAUGAUGGCGCUGGGCGACUGGUAUAAUGUAGAUGUUGGCCAGCUGGACCAGAUUUGGGAUUGGCAGAAUCUGGAUCUGACAUUGCUGCCUUUCCCCCCUUCAUAG